AUCAACAGAAUCAACAGAGAAAUCGGCAUCAACCUUGUAACAGCCAUAUUGUUUGCAUGCACGUUGUUGGUAACAAGUCAGUAGUGAGGAAUAAUCUUUUGGUUCCACAAAUUGUAAAAGAAUUUGAGCAUUGCCGAGAAAGAAACUGAUAAGAAAUCGCGUGGAUUGAGAUACGAGGGAAACAGGAGAGACUCUAGGAGAGGUUCUCUCUUAAAAAAAAAAAAAAAAAAUUAAAAAAAUAAAUAAAAAUCCAAGUGCAAAAAUGCCAUUUCAUCAGGGAUCUUACUCGGGUACAGUUGCAGUUUCGUACAGUACAAGUCCCAUGGCACCAUUAUCGCCAAGCAUCUCAAGACGAUAUUCGGGAACUGUUAGCGGCUCGACAACCUCAUCGAGGAUCGGCAGUUCAACAUCUAAAUUUAAUACUUAUAGACCUUCACCAACUUCUUCGAUUCUUGAUCGAUCCACAAGCAGUUAUUCAAAGCCAUUGGGCACUUCACGAAUUAAUUACUUAUCUGGAAGGUCUAUCUGUUCACCCGCAAGGUCAGUCUCAUCGGCGACGGACUCGGGCAUUACCAGCAGUAAAUAUCUCACAUCAUCAUUGACGAGAGAUCAUCAUCAUCGUAACGGACACACUUCCAGUGGAACAUCAUCAUCAUCAUCAUCAUCAUCAUCGUCGCCGUCGGUUGUUGAUCGACUGUCCAAUAAAUAUUCAUCAUCAAUUCAUUCGCGAUGUACAUCGCCUUGGCGUUCGAGUUCAUCAACUUAUCUCGAUUUAAUUGGUGGUGACGAUUACAAUAGCAUUGGAAUAAGUGAAUUACGUCGUAAUCAACAACGACACGAAUCCUCAUCCUCUUCGGGCUCAUCGUCAGCAUCGUCAACAUCAUCAUCAACAACCGCCGCUGCUGCCGCCAGUGGAAAUUCAACGUCCGUGACCCCAUCACGAUAUUCAUCACUUCACAAACGACGACCACCACUAACCACCGUGCUCACCAGCCAUGCGCAAAAUGAUAGCGCUAAGGCGCCCACCGAGGUAACAGUCAACGAUCAACGAAACAAUAAUACCGACGACAAAGACAUUGACAGACCCUGUUUUAGUAACAAUAAUAACGACGAAAAUUCAUUACGUCACGAUCACGUGGAGGAUAAACUCUUAAAGGAAUCGGUGAUAAAACCGACAACCUCAGGAGUAUCAUCAGCCAGUGAUCGUGGCACAAUUCUUGAUCCGCUCUCUAAUUUUCCCACUAAUCUCGAUAACACGGAGCUGUUAACUAACAAUAAUGCUCGCUAUCCCGAGGGAAAAAUUGUCAUCAAGGUCCAAGGAGGCGAUUCAAUUCGUAUUAUUGAUCAGGUGACAGAGGAUACUUCUUCUUCUUCGUCAUCAUCAAUUAACAGGCUGGCUGGAGAAAAUAAAACAAUUGGUAAUGAUGACGAGGAGGAGGAGGAAGAAGAAGAAGAAGAAGAGGAUGAUGAUGAUGAUGAUGAUAAUCCAUUUGAUGAGGAUCCAUUUUUUAAAACGAGAAAUACAUUUGCCGAUGGAAUAUUGCAGAAUGGAUUGGGUGAGAGAUCAACUACCACAAAUACUACCUCUUUGCCAUCAUCAUCAUCAUCUACUGGUGGUGCUUCUGGAACAUGGCAGAGCAACAACUUUAGGGAUGUUAACGAACAAAUCGAGGAGAGUCCAGUAGCGAGGGGAAUUCGCAAUCGACAUCAAGCCCAUCGAGACGAACGAUGUGGUCUAAAUGGCCUGCGAAACAUUGGAAAUACGUGUUUCAUGAACAGCGUAAUACAAUGUUUGAGCAAUACACGACCAUUGCUGGAGUAUUUGCUCAACGAGCAAUACUUACCAGAUAUAAAUACAACAACAUCGAGUAUGAAGGGUGGAUUAAUUAAGGCAUUCAGUCAAGUUAUUCAUGAAUUAUGGGAAGUUGGUGGCGAUGUUGUUAAUACAACUGCUUUUAAAUCACAAAUACAAAAAUUCGCACCACGUUUCAUGGGCUAUAGUCAACAGGAUGCUCAAGAGUUUCUUAGGUAUUUAUUGGAAGGACUUCACGAGGAUGUUAAUCGUGUUAAAGUGAAACCACAGCCAAUUCACACCGAUAUUCCUGAUCACUAUUCGGAUAGUCAAAAAGCAACGGAAAGUUGGAAACGAUAUCUACGAAGUGAGGACAGUACAAUUGUCGAUGUAUUCGUUGGUCAAUUGAGAUCAUCAUUGCGAUGUACAUCCUGUGAUCAUGUCUCAGUAACAUUGGAUCCAUUUUGGGAUCUUAGCCUUCCCAUUCCAUCGACUGCUGUUAAACUAAGUCAAUGUCUCGAGCAUUUUACUCGUGAAGAAGUCCUUGACGGUGAUGAGAAACCAAUUUGUUCCAAGUGCCAGAUGAGACGAAAGUGUACCAAGAGUUUCAGUAUUCAAAAGUUUCCCAAAAUUUUGGUUAUUCAUUUAAAAAGAUUCUCGCCGAUGGAACGAUUCAGAAGAAAAUUGAAUGUACUGGUUGACUUUCCAUUAACGGGUUUGGACCUGAGUGCCUUUGCGACAUCGAGAGGUCAAGGUUGCACAUAUAAUUUAUAUGGAGUCGCGAAUCAUUCGGGUACAACAUACUCGGGUCACUAUACGGCAUAUUGUAAACAUCCAUUCUCAGGAGAAUGGCAUGAAUAUAAUGAUACUCGAGUAUCGUCAGUGUCGGCGCAGACAAUUGUUUCCAGCGAAGCAUACGUGCUAUUUUAUGAACAGCAGCCUCACAGUUCACAUUUGUAACAAAAAUUUUUAUCGUGCAAUUAUUAUUAUUUUCUUUUACUUUGUUUAAUUUUUUUUUUGUUUUGAAAUUUAAUGACUCGAGUCAUUUAGAAUUCCAUUUGAACUUGUUGAUGAAAAAAAAAGAAAUAAUAAUUUCAAGGAAAGAGGACGCAAGGGAGGCUGCAUUUCUUUUUACAUUUCACAAAUAAUAUAUUUAAUUCAGAGGGCAGUAAAUUGCACGAGUGUGUGUUUCACGUGGAUUUUUUUUUUUUUUUUUUUUUUUGAAUUAUGUUUGAAAAAAAAGCGAAAGAUUUAAUUUUUAGAAAAAAAAAAAAAAAUUCAUGCUUUGAGAGUUUAUUUUAUAAGACUUUUUUCAUCGAAUUUCUUUUUAUAAAAGAAUUAUUAAUUGUACAAUUAGCAAAGGAAAAACAAAUCUAGUACUAAUCUAGCUUGAUUGUUGUUCACACACAUUACACAUAUUUAAAAAAAAGGAGAUUUAGUUUUAGUAAUUUAAAUGGUGGUUUUAAAAAAUCAGAAAUCUCAAGAGUGGUAAACAAUAUUUCGCUAGAAUUUUAUUUUAUUGUCUUUUGUAAAAUAUUUAUUAUUCACAAUCAAGAGCUAUUUAUUUAAUUUAUGGAAAGAAGAAAAAAAAUAGAAGAUACAAAUAUUAAUAUAUUCGAUAUUGACGGACAUGAUAUACAUAUAUAAAUAUAUAUUAUACACAAACACAUCUAUAUUAUUAUAUUAUUAAAUACCAAUAAAAAGUAACAAAGAUUAAUUGAAAAAGAAAA